AUGCCGUCUCAGAAGCCCAACAAGACGGCCGCUGGGAACGGCAACAUCAUGAGCUUCUUUAGGCCCAUUCCGCAGUCGCAGUCGCAGUCCCUGCCGCAGACGCCGCCGCGGGCGUCCUCUUCCUCGCGUCUCUCAGCACUAACGUCCCCGUCCCCGGUCCCGUCGCCCUCCCCGCUCGGCGCCAGGAGCCGGAGCGCCACGACGACGCCUGCCGGGCGACGGCUGCAGCGCCAGGAGAUUGCGGCGUCCGACGAUGAAGGAGCCGAGUACGAGGCGUCCUCAUCGGACGACUCGCUGGAGGACCUCUCUGUGCUGCUCGGGGGUACUGCUCGCCGGGCCACGCCGGUGCAGCAGAGGGCCGGGCAGAACCCCUACGCGACGCCCAGAGCCAAGAGGACGGCCGUGGAGUUUCACUCGAGUCCGCUCGCCAUCAUCCCAAAGCACAAGUUUGACAUCAAGGCGUUGGCCAAGGAUGCCCGCAAGGACAACGCUACCAUGGCCAGCUCGCUCGCGAGCAAAAAGGCUGCCGAGGAGUCGAGGCAACGAGCCGACGCAGCCAGCGCGGAGGCGUCAGGAGAUGUCAUCGCCGGUGUCGUCACAGAGAAGGGCGGCCACGAUGCGCAGAAAGUCCUGCGGGCUGUACAGCGAUCGGACCCCGGCCAGGCUCAGCUGCGGUACUGCUUCUUUGACCAGGAGCCCGCCGCGCCGUCGCCCAGGCCAGUGCCCAAGGAGGGGAAGAAAGGACCCUGGCAGUUGUUGACCCAAGGCAGCAUCAAGGUCCGGGAGCAGCAUCUCGUGUCCGGCUUGCCCCAGAUGGUUGUACGCAAGCUCAACAACCUGCCGGAUGCCAUCUUUCAGUGGAUUCUGGACGAUAUGUGCACCCAACAGUCUGUGAUUAUUCGGCAGGAAUACCUACAAAUGAUACUGGACUGUCGCGAGCAGGUUGAGCGGCUGCUCACGCCGGAGCGGUUGCAGUACCUGUUCCUCCAGCUAGGCGCGGCCGAAGACAUCAAGAAUGGGGCCCCCGAGUUCUCAGUGUCUAAGCUGGCCAACGAACCAUACCAGGACCGCGACUGGUCAUGUCUGCAGACGUUCAUCGAGCUGCUAGGAUGUAUCUCGGCUCAUCUGUCUGUCCCUGCUGUCCGAUAUGCGGUCAAGACGCUGCUGCGAAUGUCCAUGGACAGGCUCCUGAUAUGCAGCAUCGACCUGUUGAAUGCGUACCAAGACUCGGUCCAGGGUCUUGUCAAUGCCAUCCCUGGACCUUCAUGGGAUUCGUUUUGCUUCGAGGCAAGCUCGUUCCUUUCCGCAGGUAUCAAGGUCCAAAGCAUACGGGCGGACUCGCUGCUGUGCCUUCCCGUCAGUGACCGCAGGACGCACGACCUGAGGCGGAGGUUGGCCGUCGUGUUCCUCUUCGAAGACGACACCCUCGGCCGGCACAACGCCGAGGAUAUUGUCACCCUCCGGACUAUGAUCGAUCUUGUCAGCGGGGACGACUUUGGCAUCACGUCCAAGACCGACUUUGCCGAGCUCAAGGCCAAAAUCAUUCUCCUGGACAUGGCCGUCGACGACGGGUCCGUCGGCGCCUUUGACGACCGCGAGGCCGAAAAGAGGUUCAACGACGACGUUGAUGAGCUGGCCUCGAAGCUCCGCGAGAUUUGGCGAAAGAUUAAUGACUCGGGCAUGAAGCUGGCGCGCACCGAGACCAAGAGUGUUGUCGAGUGGGUGCAGCAGCGGUUGCUGACCACGGUGCGCACCAAGAGAAAGGCCAAGAAGAGCGUAUUUGACCUCCCUGGCGAGUCCGACGCCGCAGACCUGCCGCGGCAGCAGGACUACAUGAAGAAGUUUCUACAGAGAUAG